ACAGCAGAAACAUAAUCGACGGUGCCCAGCACUAUUGCUGAGAUCUUGUCGAACUAAAUGAAUGAACUUGAAUAUUGCCCGUUUUUUAAAGGAGGAAGAGUUGAAUCUGUUCAUUUAUUUUUUGUCUUGUCAACUUCUUCUCACUCUUUCUGUCCCUCUCUCUCUCUCUCAAAUUAUAUGCAUGCCCUUUAUAUUCUCUCUCUCUCUCUCUCUCUAUAUCUAUGAUAUACACGUAUGUGUGAGCAAAGUUGUGAAGGAUUCGUGUUUAGGUAGCUGAAAAUCAGUCAACUCAUAUGAGAAUUUAUCUGCGGAGCAUUUAAGGGGUGUCGUUUGGGAGGAUCAGUAGUGAUGUCAACGCCGGAGAGGCGGGCGUCCUCGUCGACGGUGGUGAGGGAGGUGGAUCCGUUGCUGAAGGAUCUGAGUGAAAAGAAGCAAAGCUUCCGGCGGAACGUGGUGUCGCUGGCGGCGGAGCUGAAGGAUGUCCGCAGCCGCCUAGCUUCUCAAGAACAGUCCUUCGCCAAAGAAACCCUAACUAGACAGGAAGCAGAAACUAAAGCCAAGAACAUGGAGACAGAGAUAAGUAGAUUGGAGAAGAGCUUAGAGGAGAGAGAUAUGCAGCUGCACGCUUCAACAUCUGCUGCUGAGAAGUAUGUCAAAGAAUUGGACGAUCUGAGGUUGCAGCUUUCAGCAACUAGAGCAACCGCAGACGCAAGUGCGCUGUCUGCACAAUCUGCACAGUUACAGUGUUCGGCGCUGGUGAAAGAAUUAGAAGAGAAAAAUUGCUCUUUGAAAGAGCACGAGACUCGUGUGAAUAAACUGGGAGAACAACUAGAUCUUCUACAGAAGGAUCUUCGAGCCCGAGAAUUUUCUCAAAUUCAGCUAAAAGAUGAAGUCUCGAGAAUUGAGCAUGAGAUCAUGCAAGCAUUAACCAAGGCUGGUGCAAAUAAGGAUUGUGAGCUUCGGAAAGUUUUAGAUGAGGUGUCCCCAAGGAAUUUCGAAAAGAUUAAUAAACUUCUGACUGUAAAGGAUGAAGAAAUAGCCAAGCUGAGAGAUGAAAUCAGGGUUAUGUCUGCCCAUUUCAAGCUUAAAACUAAAGAGCUGGAAUCUCAGUUAGAGAAGCAUCGUAGGGCAGAUCAAGAGUUGAAAAAGAAAGUUCUGAAGUUAGAGUUCUGUCUCCAAGAAGCUCGAGCUCAGACUCGCAAGUUACAAAGAAUGGGAGAGCGAAGGGACAAAGCUCUGAAGGAACUAAGAGAUCAGUUGGCAGCCAAACAACAAGCCGAAUCUCUCACUCCAAGCAACGAGAAGCAGAACUUCUGGGAGAGCUCAGGUUUCAAGAUUGUGGUUUCAAUGUCGAUGUUGAUUUUGGUAGUGUUCUCGAAGCGGUAAUGUUAUUAGAUUAUCCGUAUAGGCUUGUAUAUGAGGAUCGGAUGUGUAGUAGAUAAGAUGAUUAGGAUAGUAGUUGGGCAGACAAGACGUGGCUGUUUUGCCUUAGAGGAAUGUGUAAUUGUAGGUCUCUUUCAUUUUCGUCAAACAGCUAAGCGCCCUCCAUUAUAAGUAUGAAAUCAAAUGAAAAUAUCUGGUUGGCAUAUUCCAUUGAACUAUUUGUGCUGUCAAUUCCAAAAUAACACCUUUUCUUGCCCUCUCUAUCAGAGUUGGGGUUGCCAUUGUU